GAGUGGACGGAAAGCGGUGAAGAUUGUUCCCAGCAUGCCACUGGCACAGCAGCACAGCCGGGCAACUGUGCCCAACACAAGCUGGAUCCUCACGUUGGCUCUGUUCCUCAUUCUACAGGGUGCUGCUCAUGGCGCUCCAUCAGGAGACAACAAGCUGGUUCGCACCACCAGAGUGAGGCGUCAGACCCCGGGGGAGGAUCAGCCUCCCACGGCUUCUUCAGCCAACCAGACGCUGCGGGAGCAACCUGUAGUCUUUAACCACGUCUACAACAUCAAUGUUCCCUUGGAGUCUCUGUGCUCUGUUGACCUGGACGCCUCCGCACCACCGGCUCCGGGAUCCAGAGCGUCUGCGGAGGGUCCAGUAGAUCCAGCAGGACCCACAGAAUACACAGAGCAGACUCUGGAUGCAGACAGUCAGGUGACAUUCACUCAUCGUAUCAACAUUCCAAAAGCAGCGUGCGGCUGUGCAGCCACGACCACGAUCCAGCAGCUCGCCACCCGGGUGGAGAUGCUGGAGAGGGAGGUCUCUAUGCUCAGAGCUCAGUGUGGGUCUGGGUGCUGCGGGGAGAGUCCAGUUAUGGGCCGCUUGGACUUCGUCCCAGGCUGCAGCGGCCAUGGCAGCUUCAGUUUUGAUCUGUGUGGCUGCGUCUGUGAGGAGGGCUGGGGCGGUAAGAACUGCUCGGAGCCGCGCUGCCCCAACGACUGCUCCGGCCAGGGCGUGUGCGUGGAGGGAGAGUGCGUGUGCGACCGCGACUUCGGAGGCGACAACUGCUCGGAGCCGCGCUGCCCCUCGGACUGCUCGGGCCGCGGCUUGUGCAUCGACGGGGAGUGCGUGUGCGAGGAGUCCUUCACGGGCGAGGACUGCAUGGUCGGAAGGUGCCUCAACGACUGCUCGGACCAGGGGCUGUGCAUCAACGGGACGUGUCAGUGUCGGCCCGGUUAUGUGGGGGAGGAUUGCUCGCUGGUCUACUGUGCCAACAACUGCAGCAAAAAGGGCGUCUGCAAGGAGGGCUUCUGCGUCUGCCAGGACGGCUUCGCCGGAGACGACUGUAACUCCGUGGCUCCAGCCAUGAACCUGAACGUCCGAGGGGUGACCGAUCAAACCAUUGACCUGGAGUGGGAAGGGUCAGUCGUACUGACAGAUUUCUUGGUGACCUACACGCCGAGCAGCCUGGGAGGCGUGCAGCUCGAGCUGCGGCUCCCAGGAAACACCACCGCCUGCACCAUCUCAGGGCUGGAUGCAGGCAUGGAGUACAACAUCAACGUGUUUGCUGUCAUUAACAGCAGCAUCAGCGUUCCUGCCAGCAUCACCGUUUCGACCUAUCUCUCCAAUCCCGAUGGCUUAGUCUUCAAAUCCAUCACCGAGACGUCGGUGGAGGUCCAGUGGCAGCCGUUCUACUAUUCCUUCGAUGGAUGGGAGAUCAACUUCAUCCCCAAGGACAACGACGGAGGGAUGACUGCCCAGCUGCCAAGCACCAUCACAUCCUUUGUACAGACUGGUCUGAGGCCAGGGGAAGAGUACACAGUCAACCUGGUGGCGCUCCGAGACCAGGGCCGGAGCCAGCCCGUCACCGCCACCGUCACCACACUGAUUGAUGGCCCCACUCAGCUGAUUGUGCGGGACGUGUCAGACACCGUGGCCUUUGUGGAAUGGACGCCACCCAAAGCCAAGAUCGAUCAGAUCGUGUUGCGCUACGGCCUGGUUGGAGGAGAGGGGCCGCGGACCACCUUCCGCCUGCAGCCCACACUCAGCCAGUACUCUCUGCAGGUUCUUCGUCCCGGCUCACGUUACGAAGUGUCUGUGAGCGGCGUGAGGAAAGGAAACGAGAGCGGAUCCAUUUCCACCGAAUUUACGACCGAGAUCGAUGCCCCCAAGAACUUGCGGCUCGUGUCCAAGACCUCCACCGUGCUGGAGCUUGAGUGGGAUAACAGUGAGGCUGAGGUGGAGGGAUACCAGGUGGUGUAUAGCACUUUGGCAGGAGAUCAGUAUGAUAAAGUCAUCGUGCCACGCAACGAGGGAGCGACCACGAAGACUACUCUCACAGACCUGCUGCCAGGCACAGAGUAUGGCAUCGGUAUUUCCGCCAUGAAAGGCAGCAACCAGAGUACACCAGCAACAAUGAACGCCAGAACAGGCCUGGACGUACCCUUGGAUCUGACUGUGACGGCCUCCACAGACAACACCAUCACUCUGGUUUGGGGAGUCGUCCAGGGCCCAAUUGACCACUACAAGGUCACCUACACAUCUUCCUCUGGCAUCACUACAGAGAUCACCGUCCCCAAAGAUGUAACCACCACCACUCUGACGGACCUUGAGCCCGGGACUGAAUACACCAUCACUGUGGCAGCAAGACGAGGCAGGCAGCAGAGCACUGCGGCGACCAUAUACGCCUUCACAGGAAUCAGGCCUGUAUCCCACCUCUACUUGUCAGAGGUGACUUCGGACUCGGUGUCGGUGGCGUGGAGCGCCCCGGCGCCGCCCGCCGACCUCUUCAUUCUGAGCUACAGCUCCGCCGACGGGACGGACACCUCUAAGGUGACGCUGGACGGCUCCAAGACGCGGUCGCUGGUCCAGGGUCUGCUCCCGUCCACCGAAUACACCGUCAGUCUAAUCACAAUACAGGGGGACGCUACCUCCGAGCCCAUUACCGCAUCGCUCACAACAGGUAUGGACCCACCUAAAGAGAUGACAGUGUCGGAUGUGACCGAGGACGCCGUAACCAUCUCUUGGAUCAGACCUCUGGCUCCAUUCGAAUACUACAAGCUCUCCUACCAGUCAGCCCGAGGGCGAGUGGACAGCGUGGUGAUUGACAGCGACGUGUCAAACUACACCCUGUCCAGUUUGUUUCCUGCUACAGAGUAUGAGAUCAGCCUCAACGCUGUCAGAGGGAGUCAGGAGAGCCAAGUUGUCAGCACUUCCGUCUUCACCGCGAUGGAUUUGCCGUCCGAGCUGACGGCCCUGAACAUCACACCGCAGGGGGCCCUGCUGAGGUGGAAUCCCCCGCUUUCCAACGUGGACAACUUUGUGCUGACGCUCACACACAACCAGGUCACGGCCGAUACUUUUCUGGUGGAAGGCAACAAGCAGGAGCACCAGUUGUCCAACCUGAAGCCCAGCACCACCUAUUCUGUGGCCCUCUACGCCACCAAAGGACCCCUCACCAGUGGCACCGUCAUCACCAACCUCCAGACACCGAUGGACGCACCCCUUAACCUGACGGCCAGCGAAGUGAACCACCGCAGCGCUCUCAUCUCCUGGCAGCCACCAAUCACAGAAAUUGACAACUACAUGCUCACCUACAAGGCGGCCGACGGCAGCCGGAAAGAGCUGAUCCUUGAUGCAGAAGACACAUGGAUCCGACUGGAGGGCUUGGCAGAGACGACGGAGUACACCGUCAAGCUCCAGGCUGCAAGAGGACUGGACACCAGCGCCGUAGUCUCCACCACCUUCACUACAGGGAGUCGUCUCUUUGCAACACCUCAGAACUGUGCUCAGCACCUGCUGAACGGAGAGACUCUGAGCGGCGUCUACACCAUUUACAUCAACAGGGACCCCAGCCAGGGCGUGCAGGUGUACUGCGACAUGACCACGGACGAAGGAGGCUGGAUUGUGUUCCAGCGUCGUCAAAAUGGCCUGACAGACUUCUCCAGAAAGUGGAGCGACUAUCGGGUUGGCUUUGGUAACCUGGAGGAUGAGUUCUGGCUCGGACUGGACAACAUCCAGAGGAUCGCUGCCCAGGGCCGGUACGAGCUGAGAAUUGACAUGAAGGACGGACAGGAGUCCGUCUACGCCAAUUAUGACAAGUUCUCCAUUGGAGACGCAAGAAACCUCUACAAGCUCAGGAUAGGAGAGUACAACGGCACCGCUGGUGACUCCCUGAGCUACCACCAGGGCCGGCCCUUCUCCACUAAAGACAGAGACAACGACAUUGCCGUCACUAAUUGUGCCUUGUCCUACAAAGGAGCCUGGUGGUACAAGAACUGCCACCGGGCCAACCUCAAUGGCAAAUACGGGGAGUCCAGACACAGUCAGGGUAUCAACUGGUACCACUGGAAAGGCCACGAGUUCUCCAUCCCCUUCGUGGAGAUGAAGAUGAGGCCGUUCAACUUCCGUAGCAUCAGCAGCAAGAGGAGGCGGUCCGCCCCUGUAUAAACUAACC